ACGUCUGUUGUGAAUCUUCUGAGUCGACCCUUUACUCUUCACCUUCUCCCUCUUCUCCUAUCUUACCUUUUCCCCCUUCCCGUGACCCGGGGACUUCCUCCGCAGCACCUGGUCUCCCGUCCUCUGGGGACGAGCUCCGACGGCCUUCUGGAGCCCGUUAAAAUUAGCAUUCCUCGAUACGUCCUCCGGGGGCAGGGGAAGGACGAGCACUUUGAGUUUGAGGUCAAGAUCACUGUGAUGGACGAGAUGUGGACUGUGUUCAGACGUUACAGUCGCUUUCGGGAAAUGCACAAGAGCCUGAAAUUAAAAUAUCCAGAGCUCGCAGCGCUCGAGUUUCCUCCCAAGAAGCUGUUCGGGAACCGGGAUGAGCGAAUGGUCGCCGAGCGCCGGAACCAGCUGGAGCGGUACCUGAGGAACCUUUUCCGGGUGAUGCUGUCGUCCUCCAGCUCUCCUCUCAGAGCCGACGCAGACGGCGGCUUCCGUCUCACCAAACACGCCGUCUGCGAGUUCUCUCCGUUCUUCAAGAAGGGCGUGUUCGAGUACAGCAGCCACGGCACCGGCUGAGACCCUCUCCAAACCGAAGCUGGACUGAAGCUUGGGUUUGGGCCUCAGAGGGGUCAAAGAACAAAGACUUGAAGGUCAGUCUCUCUUCUGACGGAGGAGGAGUGGAAGUCGUCCACGUGGAAACUUUCUCAUGCUGAAUGUUAAAGUGGGAACUGUAGCACUCUGUUUCAAGAGUUUCAUGGUGACCUGGCUUUCUGCGCUCUUCAGAACCUUUACAGUAGACCAGGUUUCACUCACACACGCACUCUAGCAAUAAACAGCUCUAUAAUUAUUAGAUUUAACACAGCUGUGAUAUCUAUAAUCUCAUCGUCACAUGAAGGUGGAGGGUUUGAAUCCCUGCUGAGUUCAGAGGCUCAUCACAGGUCCGCUGCAUGUUUGAUUCUCUGCGGCGGCGUUUAAAAAGUCUGCUGACAGAAGAGAAGAAGAAGAAGAAGAAGAGGAGGGACAUGAAACAGGCUGUAAUGGAAUCCUCAGGAAGUUGCUGAUCUACCACGCCCUUAUUUGGUGCUUUGAGUGUUUUGUACGGUGUCCCUGAGAGCUCACAGCACUGCAUCUUAAGAAAACACAUGCAGAAAGACAAAACACAAACAAGCUAAGAAAAACAUCUUCAUCAGUUUGACAACACACGCAGCAUUUAGAAAAACACUCUGCAAAGACCACAACACAACAGAAGUGUUUCCAGAGGACACUUAAAAGUGAUGCACACUCCCUGCAAGAGGCUGAAUCAUGUGAUCACAAUGUUAAAAUAAACAAAAAACACUUUCUUUUUUAUCUCAUUUUCCAAAACAACUGACAGUAAGAGAACCUUAAUAGUGUCUGGACGUGUGCGUCACUUUUAAGUGUCCUCUGGAAACACUUCUGUUGUGUUGUGGUCUUUGCAGCGUGUUUUCUAAUGUGUUGUUGUCGUUGUGUUUUGUCUUUCUGCAUGUGUUUUCCUAAGUUGCAGAAAUCAGAAGCAGAAGAAAAACAACAACAACAACAACAACAACAACAACAACAACCUUCUCUUUAGUGCCGUCACACUCAAACUACUACAACUAGUUGUUGAUGGAAGAACAGGAGGAGUUGCUGGUCUGUUGCUUUUACAGAUCUGUGUUAGUGUCACUUUAAAUACUGAGUUCAGAUCCAACUCAAUAUUUAAUAACAAAAAUGUCUAAUCAAGGCCGGAGCAGUGAAGCAACUUCCACCCAUAGUCUGUAUAAAUAUGGACGUAGUAUCCGUGACGUCACCCAGCGCCGUUUUGAAGCCAAUCGACGGCGGCAGCCAUAUUGGAAAUGCUGAACUCAACCAGGCAGAGUGUGACGUAAAGGGGCGGAGUUUGAGCCUCUUCGCCAAUAGCUAUGUGUUCCCGUCCGGGAGUCACGUCAGUCACGUCCUUAUUUGGGCAAAAAGCUUGUAAUCUUAAUAACUUCUGAACCGUGGUGUUAUAAAUGAAUUCACCCCCCGUACAGUGUGUGCUGAGAGAGAAUUGAGCUAUCCAGACUACACUCAUUUUUUGAACCAGGCUGUAAACAUGUUUAUUAAUGCUGCAAAGAUCCUCUUUUUCCCAUUCAUGUCUAUGUGGUUUCCUGUGUUUCUGCAGCCAGCCUCUAGUGGACGCUCGAUGAACUGCAGUUUAUAACACUUCCACACUGGCUUCAUAGUUUGAGACCUUCCUGCGGGAACACAGGAGUUGUUGCUCUCCCCUCUGUCCCUCGGCCUUAUGGGUAUUAAAUAAUAUCGUGUUGGUUCCAAACUUACGUUAAGGCGCCGUGUUCACUAACGCAGUUUUUUUGCACGACCUCGAUUCCAGAGCGCUUCUCUCAGGCGUUUACUGUUGCUAGCUUAAAAGUCGUCCGCUUGGCUAAGUAGUGACGGUUAGCUCUGUUUGGAGCUCCGUUUGCUUCAUACUUACUUUCAUUCCACGACAUUUCAUCCAUAAACUGUUGAUGUAAAUCGUGUCGGAGCGUUAGCGGCGGCUCUAAAUGCUAACUUUUCUCCUCCGUUCAACCGCAGUCAUUGUUGUUGGCAAAGUUGAUUUCAGAAGUCACGCCCCCUUCUUGAGAAACUGAACCACCAUGAGUUUGAAAAUCGGCGCUGCUGGACACGGUACCUUUAAAACACCAACCAACAGAUCCAGGCCGCAGUGGAUCAACAGCUCCCCCUCUCUGUGAGGGAUCACUUGUGUUUUUAAACGGAGGUGUGUUGCAGCCAUUACAGCCUGUUUCGUGGACGCCAGCUUCAUCGACCUACGGGAGAAUUUCAAAACAUGUCGGGCCUGAUAUUCAUGAACACUACAAAGUAAAGCAUGAUUUAUAUUAAGCUUCAGUUUGAAAAUAUCAACACAUUAUUCACAUUAAAGACUCUUUAUGGAACAUUAUUAACAUCUACAUCUACAGUACCAAUAAUGAAACGUGGCAUAGGGAGGGGGAGUUCGUACCCCUGGUAAUACACCACUAACAUGUACGCAUUAUUUCAAACCUGACCUUUAUUGAGUCUUCUUCAACACACACACACACACACACACACACACACACACACACACACACACACACACACACACACACACACACACACACACACACACACACACACACACACACACACACACCACACACACACACUCACACUCACACUCACACUUCCGGUCUGGUCAGCAGCUCUCUGAACAGGAACAGGUUUUGGACUUGAGUCUAUCAUGUACCGUAACAUGAACACUGCAUUUCCUCUGAAGCCAUACUGUGUGUAUAUAGAAUGUAAAUGAUCAUGUGCAGUUUUUCUAUUCCAUAUGCUCGUAUGCGAUGUAAACGAUUGACAUUGAAUGUCAGUAAAGGGAAUGUACCAAAACGUUCA